UUUGUCAGUUUGCUGUGUCGGCUAGAGUCGGCCUUUGGCUCAUUCGGGGGUGGACCGCGUUCACAAGGAGGCCGUUCCUGCGCUCGCUGAGGCAAUUGGCUGUCCAUGCACCCACCACUGACACUGCGUAUCAUGCAAUUUGAUUAGAGGAGGAGAAUACACACACACACACACAUUAUCUCUCUCUCUCUCUCUCACACACUCACUCACGCGCACACAAACUCCAGCCAACGGGAUGUCGCGCGUGCACCGGAACCCGAUUGCCAAUCAUCUCCACGGCUGAAGAUUAACGAGGUUAUCCUUUCACCGGUGCGGGGGUCGUCCUAUGCAGUGUGGUGGAGCGCGUCGGCCUCUGUUUUGCUUAUGUGUGUGAGGGAUUGAGUAAGAGAGAGAGAGAGAGAGAGAAAGAAAGAGAGAAAGAGAGAGAGAGAGAGAGAGACUACACCGUGGCGGAGAGGAAGCAACUAUUCCAGCUGCUGCGUUGGACCAGCGUAACCUGAAUCAUGACGGAAAAACGGAUGUCUCGCUGGUAUUUCGGGGGUCUCGCCUCGUGCGGGGCUGCCUGCUGCACGCACCCGCUGGAUCUGGUAAAGGUGCACCUGCAGACACAACAGGAGGUGAAGAUGAAGAUGGUCGGCAUGGCGAUGCACGUGGUGAAGAACGACGGUUUCUUGGCCCUCUACAACGGACUCAGUGCCUCCCUGUGCAGACAAAUGUCGUACUCUCUGACGCGGUUUGCCAUCUAUGAGACGGUGAGGGACAUGAUUGGCAGUGGCUCUCAGGGCCCCAUGCCAUUCUACCAGAAGGUCCUGCUGGGAGCCUUCGGAGGCUUUACUGGAGGCUUCAUUGGGACUCCUGCUGAUAUGGUGAAUGUGAGAAUGCAGAAUGAUGUGAAGCUUCCUCCAGAGCUGAGGAGAAACUAUAAACAUGCACUAGAUGGACUUUACAGGGUGUUCAGGGAAGAGGGUGUGAGGAGGCUUUUUUCCGGAGCCACCAUGGCCUCGAGCAGAGGAGCUCUGGUCACCGUCGGGCAGCUGGCCUGCUAUGACCAGGCCAAGCAGCUGGUCCUAGGCACUGGUAUCCUAGGAGACAACAUCCUCACCCAUUUCCUUUCCAGCUUCAUCGCUGGUGGCUGUGCUACAUUCCUCUGUCAGCCACUGGACGUGAUGAAGACCAGGCUGAUGAACUCUAAAGGAGAAUAUUCGGGGGUGAUUCAUUGCUUGAAGGACACAGCCAAACUGGGACCAUUAGGAUUUUAUAAGGGUUUGGUUCCGGCCGGAAUUCGGCUGAUCCCUCACACAGUACUCACCUUCCUCUUCCUGGAGCAGCUCAAGAAGUACUUCGGCAUCGUCGUGGUUACUUGAGCCUGGGAGCUGCUGCUGUGAACUCUGGGAACACUAAUGAACACACACACACACACACACACACACACACACAUUAGGGCACACAUAGUAACAUAGUAAUAGUUAUAAUUGGGGGGAAAAAUGGAAAUGAUGUGUAAUGUAACACCCCUUUGCCUCUGAAUAUCAAGAUAAGUGCUAACACACACAAACACACACACACACACACCUUGCGUUAACAGCCAUUGUACAUCUUUGCCAUCAUACACCUGUGCCAUGUAAACUCUCACACACACACACACACACACACACACACACACACUAAAGACAACACAGAGGAUAAUACCGCCUCCACAGACACACAGUGUGUCUGAGUGAAGCCUCUUUACCGUUGUGGUGUUUACAUCUACCGAAGUGUAUCAUCUCACUGCUUCUACAAUAUCUUUGUUUUCAGUAUCAUGUUUAUCCAUUAUGAGACUCAAUCAUCAACACAGACAUCACCCUUACUGCAUAAAGUGAAGUAUGGCUUAUGAGACUUAAAGGAAUAUGCCAACUUUUGGAAAAUAAGCUUAUUUGCUAUCUACCCCAGAGUUUGAUAAGAUAAUACAUAUUCUUCUCUUCUCUGUGCUUGCAAUGACCAUGUUUGACACUGUUAGCUUAACUGUUAGCUUAGCUUAACUUAACCUAACUCACUGGAAGUGGGUUAAACCAGUUAGCCUAUAGCCACCCACUUAUACUGUAUGAAGUCAAGUUGUACCUAUGAGACUCAAUAAUUAGUGAGUCACCCAAGCGGCACCUUAUGCCAGACCCUUCCUGGUCUUGUUCAGACACAGUUGCUUAAUGAAUGCAGAGGAACACAUAGGUUCACACAUGUACCCAAUGCACAGACAAACAUACAGACAAUAUGCAUACACACAUAGAAGAGGUUGAAAAUAACUGGAAUAUGGGGAUACAUACAAACACUUUGCAUCUCCAUUUUCGCCAAAUCAACACAUACAAACACACGCACACACACACACAUAAUCACACACACUCACAAUCACACACACUCACACUCAGCCACUUUUAUAAUCAACUAUUGUUGUCUCAACAAUUGCCCAAGACCCACCAAGAAUAGUAUUCACCUGCCGUGCCAAUAUGGAGCUCUACCAUUGUGCAGUUCACUUCCUUUCCUUCAUUUCAGUUUUGUUCAUGUGCCAUUGAAAGGGAAAAUAGCCAACAAUGUUAUCCAGCUUCAAAGAGAGCAGUUCCAGUGUUUGUCUCUGUUUUAAGGACACUCCGUAGUAUCCUUACUUCCAUAACUAGGAUCCUUACUUAGCGUACUACCAGGACUAAAGGGGAUGAAAACGCAUACUUACCUAAGAAAGACUGCCUUACUUCUAACUGGUAUGUGUGUUGAUAACAGUUUAUAACGCUACGUAUGGUUUAUAACGCUACGUAUCAUGUGAAUGGUUUAUAACGCUACGUAUUGUGUGUACUUUGAUACCCAUCGUGGAUGGUCAGUUUAUAAUGCUACGUAUCGUGUGUACGUUGAUACCAAUCAUGAAUGGUCAGUUUAUAAUGCUACGUAUCGUGUGUACGCUGAUACCCAUUGAGGAUGGUCAGUUUAUAAUGCUACGUAUCGUGUGUACGUUUAUACACAUCGUGGGAUGUGGUUGCUGCUGAUAGGAGAGAGAUAGGAGAGACGGAAUGCUGUAUGGUGUGGAUGCUGUUUUGUUUGUGACGUUUUAAACCCUGGAGGGCAAUGUGAUCUGAUGAAUGUUAUAUACUGGUAGGUCUGGUGCUCUGUUUCAUUCGUCAAACAAAUAUAACUCUCAAACUCACUCACAUGCACACACACACACACUUCGGCAGAACACAGACAAAAUGUGUUUGGUUGGGUGUAAUGCCAAAUGAUAUUAUGGAAGUUAGAUACUUCUCAAAGUGCAUACCACAAAGAAGCCAAACGCAUACACACACACUAUGCCAUUCUCAGUCUUUGAUUUCAAAACACUGUCAGCAUUUCCCAGGUGGGACAUUCAGUAUUGGUCACAGCAGUCGCAGUCCCUUAUUCACUUCUACACACACACACACAUGUUUUAUCAUUUAUAACUUCAGAUUUGCUCUGCAACACAGGCAUGCAUAUCACAUCAACGUGCACCCAUCCCAGACAAACGAUACCACAGAGUUUCACAGAGCUAUGAUGUUCUAUAAUAAUAAUGAUGUAGUGCUUUAGAAAAUUGCAUUGUGGGAUUGCACUUUGCAAUCUUCACAACCCGCUUGUAGUGUCAAGCGGCACUUUGACAGUGUUUAGAGAGAUUUUUUUUUUAAAUUUGCACUAAUUGACCUUUAAAGACACGAUGCUACUGUUUUAUUUUGUUUAUCUCCUUGGAUGCAUUCGGAUGGAUUAUUGGAAGAUUUUAUACCUUACCUACAUGUUGCCUCUAGGGGGCAGUGUAACACAGUUAUCUAAUGGCUUGGUGGUGCCGAGAGCUCUGAGGAGGGUGCACGAGUGCAUUUGUGUGUGUGUGUGUGUGUGUGUGCACACGAGUGCAUUUGUGUGUGUGUGUGUGUGUGUGUGUGUGUGUGUGUGUGUGUGUGUAUGUGUGUGUGUGUGUGUGUGUGAAAUAGAGAUUGAGAGAGAGAGAGUGCCUCUUGAAUGACUUCACCUGAGGUGGUGUGGGUAGUCUAUAUCCUGCCUGAGUUAUGAGCUAUAAUACCCAUGCGGUCUGCAUGCAGAUUUCUUCUCUUUAAUAUAUACCACGACAGAGGCCAUUCCCUGUGGGCUGCGGCCCGUAGAAAGAUGGGAGAUAUUUAGACACACAUCAUCAAAACAUGCAAUUUAUUUCAAGAUUUUCCAUCUAUGCUGGAAUUGUGCAUUGUAAAAAACAAUCUUCCCAUCCUGUGCAAAUCAGUCCAUAUAGGGUAUACAGCUGCUCUUGUCACAGAAAGAGAUUGAAAAUAUAUAAUGCAAUCCAAACUGGAAGUUUUUAAUUCUGUAUGAAAUGUCAUGUAUUAUUUUAUUUUUUUAUUUUUUUUUUUUGUCUGAAAUGGCUAAUACCCUAUGUUGUAGAUUUAUUUUGGAAUUAAACUACUAAUGAGUCAGAAUGUUA